AGACUUGACAGCGACAAAAUCGGCCAUGGAUGGAAACUGUGCUCUAUGGUCACUAAUGGAUUCCAAUUUCGAUUUCCUGAAGAAUGUGAUGGUAUUGGCUAUGGUAUUUACAGACAACAAAAUAAUCUCUCGUCUUCAGGCGAUUAAUAAAUGUCGUAUGAGUUAUUUAAGAGUCGACUAUGAUGUUCCAUAACAUUACUGGAAGAUUGUAUCUUUUGUAUUUUAUAAGUUUAUCUGACACGAAUUUUAACAAGAAAGUUACGAUACGAACUUCAUAAAUACAUAGGGCCUAAGCCCUGGAUUGGUCUCUGUAGGGAAACACUCAGUUUUCUGAUAAAAGUUCGAUAGACUAGCCAAGAUAGACAAGCCUUGGGCUACUUUCUGUCAUCUGGUGUUUAACUCCUUUAACCGAUCGACACAAGGUCCGAGUUGAAAGCAGAAGUUGAUUAACUACACGUAAAAAGGAUUUUUCUUAAAUGAUAACCUAACAAUCAUAGCUAACUUAAACUUACUUAUCAAUUGAAUAAUAUAAAAAUACUGGAACGAGAAACCUAUCAGAGAAGUAAUUUGUAGAAAAAAUGCUAAACAGACAUGAAUUAAAAUCUAUUUUAUUUGUGUCGAAUGGUUAAAUUCCACAGAUAGUAAAAUGUUAAUAUAGUCUUCAGUGCAGGAAGGAAGUUUUAAAGAAACUAUUUCACUGUUGUUGGUUGACGUAAAUAAUGAAAUAAAUAAACAAAUUUAUCGAAAACUAUAAGAACAAACAAUGGGUUUCCUAACUAUAUUAAAGAAAUUGCGGCAAAAGGAAAAGGAGAUGAGAAUACUCAUGUUAGGUUUAGAUAAUGCCGGUAAGACGACGAUACUGAAACGUUUCAAUGGUGAACCGAUCGACACGAUAUCUCCUACUCUAGGUUUUAACAUAAAGACUCUCGAACACCGUGGUUAUAAACUCAAUAUUUGGGACGUAGGAGGACAGAAAUCUUUGAGGUCAUACUGGAAGAAUUACUUUGAGAGCACUGAUGGUGUGGUGUGGGUGGUAGACAGUGCCGACGCGCGGCGGCUGUGGGACUGCGCGCGGGAGCUGCACUCACUGCUGCGAGAGGAGAGGCUGGCGGGGGCCACACUCCUGGUCCUGGCUAACAAGUCUGACCUGCCUGGGGCUCUCACCUCACAGGAGAUACGAGAGGCCUUAGACCUGGACAGCAUCAAGACACACCACUGGCGCAUCGUGCGUUGCUCCGCCGUCACGGGCGAGAACCUGCUGGAAGGCAUGGACUGGAUGCUGGACGACAUCGCUUCCAGGAUUUUCACGCUAGAUUAACGCAACACAUGUAUUUAACUAUUCAUCUUUAAGUAUGGGUGUUUACUUACACAGCCACGAAGCAUAUAGAAUUUUUUCCUUGAAAAUUUAUUAGAACUGAUUUUUUAUGAUGUCUCACAUCUGAAUGAUUGUGAGAAUGAAAUUUUGAUGUAAAAAAUAUCAAAGGUAUAGCAUGUAACUCUUGCUUGUCGCAUUUUGUUUUUACCACUGAUAGAAAAUAUAAAAAUAUAAAGCCUUACUUAUGGGCUUCUUUACUUACUACAUAAUGUCUUACACUCAAAGUACUAUAAGACUUUGGGUAGUAUUAUAUAAUGAGGCACUAGUCAUGAGUUCAGGUGCUCCACACACUCCUCAUGCCAAUGCUAUAGUGAAAACUUGAUGACGCAUUACACGACGCAAAGCGGUGACUCAUUAGCACAAGUGAACAAGCUUUUAUAAGGUUAAUUAACAUGCUUGAAAAUAGCUUUUUAUUAAGUUUAUUUACAUUCAAAAAAUAAUAUGCAAGCUGAAUUAUAGAUCUAUCUAAAUAAUUGAAUAUUUUCCUUUUUUAUAGAUUUUAUAAGUUUUUUUUUCUUGAAGUAAACAUUUAUCUUGACUGCAGUACUACUUACUUUAAUUUGGAUUUGUUUUGCUUUUUAAAUUGCCUAUUAUGAACCACUCGCUCCUUGAUAUAUUAUUAAAAUCAUUUAUCUCAUUCCAAACGACACCUGCUUCAUAAAUUUACGCUAAAUACUGUGAUGUUUUUGUAAAUUAUUAAGUUUAUAAUAAAAACAUUUUUUAACAAA